AAGUAUCUGGUGGUAGGCAGUCCAGGUGUGGUGGCUUUACAGUUAUCAGGGCUGAGACUUCUUUUUCCUUCACCAGCCUCACACAUAGCUUCCUCCUCAUGGUCACCUCAUGCUCUAAUGUGGCUGUUAGAGUGUAAUUCAUCUCAGCUACAUUCCAGACAGCAGAAAAAAGGAAGGGGGAAGGAGCCUGGGGGGAGGAAGAGGAGCACACAAUGACACACUUCUUAGCUAAUUCCCACUAAGGGCCUUGCUGGAAGUCCAGGAUAAUAUUUCCAACACUUCUGUUAUGACUUACUGGCCAGAACUUAGUCACAUGGCCUUAUCCAGCUCUAAGGAAGACUUGGAAAUGUAGUUUUGUCGAUUUUUUUUUUCAUUUGAGGUAUAAUCUGCAUGCAGUGCAAGGCACAACUCUUCUAUAGUUUGAGAAGUUCUGACAAAUGUACAUACCAUAUAACCCACAUCCCUACCAAGAUAUAGAGCUUUCUAUCAUCCCUAGAAAUUCCUUCCUGAGGGGGUCUUAAAAAAAUGUUUUUGAUGUUUAUUUAUUUUGAAAGAGCGAGCAUGAGCAGGGGAGGGGUAGAGUGAGAGAGAGGUAAAGAGAAAGAAUCCCAAGCAGGCUCUGUGCUGCCAGUGCAAAGCCUGACGCGGGGCUCGAACUCAUGAACUGUGAGAUCAUGACCUGAGCCAAAAUCAAGAGUUGGGUGCUUAAUGGACUGAGACACCCAGGCACCCUGAGGGGGCUUUUUCUUUUUAAACAACCCCAAAGAGCUAAUGAGAGCUUAAAUAGGGUAGUAGCCUUGGGAAUGGAAAGAAGGCAUGGAGAGGCAGUGGAAGGAGAGUCCAAAGGAGAAUCAUUAGGUGUGGGAGAUGAGAAUCUAGAAGAAUGCUAAUAGCAGAGCCACUAACAGAAACAAGAUUGGGAGAGAAGUCUGGGUUACCGAUGGGAUGGAAGGAAAAAAAGGAAUGAGUACAGUAUUGGGUGUGUUGAUCUGAGGUGCUGGUCAAACAUGUAGGUGGAGAUACCAAGUAGGCAGUUGUAUCUAGAGUUUGUGAGGGCAUUCAGAGCUCAACUGCAUCAAAUACCAGAGCGAUGCUAAAGAGGACAAUGGAAAGACGCCUGGAUGGCUCAGUUGGUUAAUCGUCCACACUUCUGAUUUUGGCUCAGGUCAUGAUCUCACAUGAGAUUGAGUCCCACGUCGGGCUCUGUGCUAACAGCCCAGAGCCUGCUUGGGAUUCUCUCUCUCCCUCUCUCCCUCUCUCCCCAUCCCGUACUCUUGCUCUCUCUCUCUCAAACAUUAAAGAAGUAAGACAAGGGACCAAGAAAUGACCCAAGAAUUUGGUGACUUUGAGCUCACUGAUAACUUUUUGAGGGAGCAGAAUUCAGAUGCCAAGGCCUGAGUGGGCAGUGAGGGUUUGAAUCAUGCAGAAGGGGACUGAUUGCAUUGCCCGAAAUAAUUUAAAACCCCUCUUAAAAACUGAAGUCCCUUGGGGUGCCUGACUGGCUGAUACUGGAGUUGAGUUCAAGCCCCACAUUGGGCAAGAUAAAUAAAAAUAAAAACUGAGGUCUUUGCAUAAACAAAAGGGAGCUGCCCUUUUGACAAACUUGUUGAUGAAGGGAGGAAGGAGAUGUUGGUGUCAGGAAAAGAUCAGGAAUUCACCCUAUCCUUACAGGAAAAUACCUCCUGACUCUGAAAUUAACUUUCCAAAGGACAGGGAGAUGGGACAGCUAGCUACCUGUCUCCUUUUGGAUAUAUGACCUCUAGAAAUUCAAGCUGAAGGGCUGGAGGUGGGAGAGGGAUGCCAUCUCUAACAACUGCUGGGGGGAUGGGGGGCAGCCAGACACUGCCAGGACAGGUGUGAAGAGACCUAUCUUAAGAGUAAAGAGCAGAGAACAAACACGCUGGACUCAGGCAAUAAGGGGUUUGAAUCUUGUCUCUGUCGCCACCUAGCUAGAAGACCUUGGGCAAGUUACUUAACCUGAGCACCCAGCUCCUCGUCUGUAAAAUGGAAACAAUUAUGCCUACCUUUCAGGGUGGUUUUGAGAAUUACAGACAAGUGACUGGCACACAAUAGGUCAUCAUAAGUGGGUGCUAUUCAGUGAUCAGCCUCUCACUAAGGGACAGAACGGCAAACGGAAGGGUCAAAAUCCGCAACCUCACGAUCUUAGAGGGUAGGGAGGGCUUCCAGCGGCCUCCUCCCUCCAGGAGGUGGGGACAAGGUGGAGGAAGGGCUGCUGGAGGAGGAGCUGGCGCGUUGCUACCCGCCCCGUCCCGUCCAGUCCAGCCUGGGCGCCGAGGGAACCGCUGUCCUAGCCGCCGCCACCCGAACAGCCUGUCCUGGUGCCCCGUGCCCUGCCCCGUGUCCAGUCAUGACCCUGCGCCCCUCACUACUCCCGCUCCGUCUGCUGCUGCUGCUGCUGCUCAGUGGGGCGGUGUGCUGGGCUGAGGCUGGGUUCGAAACCGAAAGUCCCGUCCGGACCCUCCAAGUGGAGACCCUGGUGGAGCCCCCUGAGCCUUGCGCGGAGCCCGCUGCCUUUGGAGACACGCUGCACAUACACUACACGGGCAGCUUGGUAGAUGGACGCAUUAUUGACACUUCCCUGACCAGAGAUCCUCUGGUUAUAGAACUUGGCCAAAAGCAGGUGAUCCCAGGUCUGGAGCAGAGCCUUCUAGACAUGUGUGUGGGAGAGAAGCGAAGGGCAAUCAUUCCUUCUCACUUGGCCUAUGGAAAAAGGGGAUUUCCACCGUCCAUCCCAGCGGAUGCAGUGCUGCAGUUUGAUGUGGAGCUGAUUGCACUGAUCCGAGCCAACUACUGGCAAAAGCUGGUGAAGGGCAUUUUGCCUCUGGUAGGCAUGGCCAUGGUGCCAGCCCUCCUGGGCCUCAUUGGGUAUCACCUAUACAAAAAGGCCACCAGACCUAAAGUCUCCAAAAAGAAGCUCAAGGAAGAGAAACGAAACAAGAGCAAAAAGAAAUAAUAAAUAAUUUUUAAAAAUUU